UUUGGAGGAGGCUCCUUGAUUGCCCCCGGGGUUGUGCUAACGGCGGCCCACCUGCUGCUGUCCAAGACCUCACAUGAGAUUGUGGUCAGAGCUGGCGAAUGGGACAUGGCGUCCGUGGACGAACCGCAACGGCAUCAGGAACGCCACGACAUCCAGUCCAUCUGCUUACCUCUUCAAGGGGCGUCCAUUGACCAGACACACUGUUUGGUGUCCGGAUGGGGAAAGCGUUUUUUUAACGACUCUCAAAUGUCGAGCAUACAAAAGAAAGUCGAGUUACCCAUAGUGAACAGAGGAGAUUGCCAGAAUAUGUUGAGGAAAACCAGGUUGGGAGCCAGGUUUCAGCUGGCCACCAGUCUCAUGUGUGCCGGCGGAGAGAAGGACAAGGAUGUCUGCAUUGGCGACGGUGGUUCCGCCUUGGUUUGUUCCCCUGACGUAAUCUUCGCUAGAUUUCAGCAGGUCGGGAUCGUGGCCUGGGGCGUCGGCUGCGGCAGGCCAAACGUCCCCUCGACCUAUACAAAUGUGUCCAUGUUCAGGGAGUGGAUUGAUCGCAACCUGAAAAGCAACUCAGUGGAACCGCUUAGGAACUGUAUUCCUAUCCACCCAAGAAUUUCGUCCUAUCAAAAAAGAUACAAGCUGCUUUAA